ACUACUACUACUACUGUUGCUGCUACUACGACUACCACUGCUGCCGGUACAGCUACACUAUUACUGCUGCUGACGGUGAAGCGAGAUAAACUGGGUGGAAGCUAAAACCGAAAACUUGGUCUUGUGUCUCUCGAAAGUUUUUCCGUUGCUGUAAAAAAAGAACUUCGUUUCUUUUGGCAGGCAACUUGUUAAAACAAAUAAUUAUAAUCCCGAUGAUGACGAUGAUGAUGAUGACAAAGAUGAAGGUCAGGGUCGAAAUGGUGAUGAUGAUGAUGAUAAUGGUUGUUGUUGUUGUUGUUGCGGCCACGACGAUAUAAACUUCUGGUGUUCCACGUAUUUGGAUACAUUUAUGAAACAAAAAAAAAUCUAUUUCCAAAAAAUAUGUUCUGUCAUCAUUGAUGAUGAUGAUGAUGAUGAUGAUGAAAAUUCUUUUGUUUGGUUUGGAUUGACAACUACAAUUGAUGGCUUAAUCAAAUCCAGUCGUUAUAAAGAAGAUUAAGGCUUGUGGUUGUUAUGUUUUGAUUUCCAAACAUGACAAAAUCCUUGUAAGCUUUAGUUUCAAUGUAAAGAAAGAAAAAAAAAGAAAAGAAAAAAGAGAAAAAAGAAGACCAGCCAAAAGGUACUCGUUCCCUGCCAUGACCACCACCACCUUUUGGUAAUCCUUCCUCGAAUCAUAAGUCUUUAUUACAAGCUGGAACUGAUUGGUUGUUGUUGGUGUUUAGUUUGUCAGCCUUGAAGGGACGAAUCUAGGGGGAUCAGUCGUGAGGUAAAUCCUUCUUCCCCGUCCUCCUCCUCCCCCAUACACAUACAUUCACACAUUUUCAGAAACACACUCAUAUACAUUCAUACACUCACACACACACACAUACUCUUUAUCCGUCUCAAAAGACAAGACUUUUCUGUUACAGGUGACCGCAACACUCCGUAACCCCUACCACACCAAACUCUAGAAAAGUCUCUUAUUCACCCCACCCCCAACAUCAACAGCCAAAUAAUACUGACCAGUUGAAAAAUGAAUAAAAGCCCCACACUUAAAUACUUUUAAAGGGUUUCAAACACCAGACUUAAAAGUUCACAUCUCACAUCCUUAUCCACUUGUUUGGUUUUUUCUCUUUUUAUUCCCCUUUUUUUGUCCCUUUAAAUUUUCUGGGAUUUUCUGGAAAAAAAAAAUCUGAAGAAAUGAGUAAUUCUUUCUUAAAAAUCAAGAAAUACCAACAAUAAUGACUGCCCUUACUGAAUCCAUAUCAACUUUGGCUAAACCCGCCACAGAACAGCCCUUCGUGUGCGCAAAGUGUGGGAAGGGCUUCAGCCAUUCGUCCAGCCUUUACCGACAUAAGCGUAGUCACUCCACAACCUGUCCUUACACCUGCAACACGUGCAACAAGACUUUCAGCCACGGUUCCAACUUACUCAAACAUUUAGAAACUCAUGUGUUAUCAAAAAAACUGGAAAACCAUAAUGGUUCACAUCUACAGCCCUUGACAUCUGAAUUUGUCAAUAAAAUCGAUCGCCAGUCGAUCAACUGCAAUAUUUGUGACAAGUCUUUUGCUCACACCUCAAGUCUUUCCCGACAUGUGAAAUGCCACUCUGGCCUGAGGCCGUACACGUGUAUGGUGUGUGAGAAAAGUUUCUCCACGGCUGCAAACUUGCGUGUUCAUUCAAGAGUACAUUCUGGUGAAAAGCCGUUCUCGUGUCAAGUGUGCUUGAGGGCGUUUGCCCAUUCUUCGACCUUGUCGAAACAUGUCCGUUCCAAACACACAUCUGGUUUGAAACCCUACAUGUGUAACCAAUGUGACAAAACGUUUUCGAUGCCAUCAAACUUAACAUCUCACCUCAAGACACAUUCUGGGGAAAAACCGCAUAUGUGUGUAGUGUGCAAUAAAUCUUUCUCCCAUUCUUCUACACUCUCUCAACACCUCAGAGUUCAUUCCGGAGAGAAGCCAUACAGAUGCCGAAUAUGUGCAAAAGCAUUUUCCCAUUCUUCCACCAGGUGGAAGCACAUGAGGACACACUCAACAGAACGACCUUACACCUGUGAUUUUUGUGAUAAACACUUUUCAGCGAUGGCCAACCUGACAGCCCACAUGCGUGUGCACUCUGGAGAGAAGCCCUUCAAAUGCCCGAUUUGUGAGAAGACGUUCUCUCAUUCUUCAACAUUAUGGAAACAUAGUCGAGUUCACUCAGGCGAGAAACCAUUCCAGUGCGACAUCUGUUCUCGUAGUUUUGCUCUGUCGUCAACAUUAACCCGGCACAUCCGAACCCAUACUGGCGAGAAACCGUUUCUGUGUUCAAUCUGUAACAAGAGGUUUGCUCAGGCUUCCAAUCUGGCCCUCCACAUGCGAAAGCAUUCUGGAGAGAAACCGUUUGAGUGUCCCCUCUGCUGCAAGACGUUUUCUGUCUCAUCUAAUCUCCAAUCACAUUUGAGGACCCACUCGGGAGAGAGGCCCUUCCAGUGCCGAUAUUGCUUCAAGACUUUCACACAUUCUUCCACUUUGUCCAAACAUGUCCGAGCACUCCAUUCUUCUUGAAAGGAUUGGCAAAACAAACUCACUUCCUACACACACACUUAUGUAUAUAUAUGUGUUCACAGCUAUACAUACACCUGUGAUUCCUGAAUUUUGGUGGGGAGGAUGCCACCUCCUUGGCACCCAAGCAACAUUCCUAGUGCCCCUCCCUACUCACCACCACACACAUGGACCCCUUUCUGCAACAAAUCCAAAAAAACUAAUUCACAGAUAAAACUAAACCUAAUUAACCCAUUCUCUUGUUUUUACAUCCAUCACCCCCUUUUGGCCACCCCAUUUUCGCUCCAUUUUUCUUCAACACCCCACUGAAUCUUUUCACAGCCCCAAAGGGGACAGUAUCCACACCACCACCACCACUUUGGGAACCACUGACAUACACAUUUAUAUAUGAUGCCACACUACAUACGCUC